UCCAACAUGUCCCCCUCGGUCCCCUCCAUCACAAUCACAAACACCCAAGGCUCCUCCCGCGCAAUCUCCACAAACACCUUCGAUGCCUUCCUGCCCUCCACCCAUCUCACCACCAUGACCGACAUCGCCGCAGCCAAACAAGCCAAAAAAGACGCCCGCAAUCCCGUCAUUGUGCUCAAGAAGAGCAGCAAGCGCGUCAGUAAUGCCUUGAAGAUGAAGGUCAAGUCUAUGAGGACUAAGAGCAAGAAGGGGGGUGAAGAGGAGGAGGAGGAGGAGGAGGAGGAGGAGGUGGAGGUGGAGCUUUCGACGGGUGGCGAGUUCAAGGUUCUCAAGGUUGUCAAGGUUGAGAGGAAGUAA